UAAUAAAUGAAAUUCUGAAUUAUUUUACGAUUUAUUUAUAGAUAAAACUUCGAACAAUACAAAACAAAUUUCAAACAAAAUUUGCAGUCAAAAUGGAAGGGGGGCCGCGUAUUACAAAUGAUUUGGAGAAGCGUAUAUCAGAUGCUUUUUGUGUUUUUGAUCAUCAUGGAGACAAAUCAAUUGAUGUACGUGAAGCUGGUACUGUUUUGCGGUUCUUAGGUUGUGUACCUACCGAACAAGAAAUUAAUGAAGUUAUUUUAGCAACUGAGUCUGAAGAUAACAAAGGAGAAAUCAGUCUGUCAAAAUUUCUUCCUUAUGUGUCUCAAUACUUGAUGGAGCAUAAAUGGGAACCUGCUCAGCCAGAUGAGUUAUUCGAAGCUUUUCGUACUAUUGAUGAAGAACACAAAGGUGUUAUAACAAAGGAAUAUUUAACAAAAUUAAUGAUGGAAGAAGGAGAACCUUUUACUCAGGAGGAAAUUGAUGAAAUGAUGGCUGUUGCUGUGGAUCCUUUAACAGGAGAUAUACCAUAUGAAUUUUAUAUCAAUCAAUUGCUGGUUAACAAUAAAUCUGAUUCCAUUUAUAAGCUUGCCGAUUUUACUUUAGCUCAAAAACCAUUGAAGAAGGCAGUUUCACAAAGAUUAUUUUAAUGCUGUUUUGUGUACUAUGAACAAAGAAAAAUUUACUCUUUAUUACAGGUGUAUCUUUAAACAAUAAAAUUAAACAUGGAUCUAAUUGAUUAACAUCAAAUAAAAGUUUGAGCAAAAAAUAUUUAAAAA